AUGACUACGACUCUACGAGAUUGUAAUACAUCUGUCUACCUAAUGCACUCAUUUCCACAUCCUUCAUUGGAUGGAUACUUGUUCAACCUUCAGGCACCUCCUGUUGAGAGACGAGUCCAGAUUCCAGACGGAAGAAACGGCAGUGGAAAUUGGAAGUUCCGAGAUUCCAGACGGAAGAAACGGCAGUGGAAACUGGAAGUUCCGAGAUCAGUUUUCAAAUUGGACGAACUUGGUUUAGAGAUAUUGAAGAUUGCCCUACCUGCUUCUCUGGCUUUGACAGCUGAUAGUGUGUUUCUAGGAAAAGUUCUCAACUUGAGUCCAACCCAUUAA